CCUUAUUAGUCCGAGUCCUCCUUGUUCCGUUAAUCAGACCCUGGGGAAAUUGCGCUCCCACGCGCCAAACUCACCUCUCGUUACCGUCGAUCGCCUUGACCUCGCUCUCACCACCCCUUUAAUUUGAACUCUCGAUCUCGCUCACGGUGCUGAUGUGUCUGGUCGGAUGCGGGGCUUGAUUGUUGACUCCCCUUUCCAACUUCCACCGGCGUUCUUGGCAACUCUAUCGCGGGCGCGCUCUUCGCCUACUCCUACUUCCCCCCCCUCCUCCUCCCCCUUCACCUUACACUCGGACGAUAGCCCUGUCGCGAUCGGAAUCGCAGUCAUAUCGCUGGUUAACUCCCGGCGCUAUCAUUCACUAUGGAAUCACCCGCUGUUUAUCCGGAAUCGCCAAUGGAGCAGGAGGACGUCCCGUUCCCUUGCAAGGGCUGUGGCGAGAUCCUCGAAGAAGGCAAGGCCUUUGAAUUGGCGGGUAAUCGCUGGCAUAUCGAAUGCUUCUGCUGCAGCACCUGUGGCACCCUUCUCGACUCCGAUGCGCACCUGCUCCUUCUCGGAGACGGCUCUCUCAUCUGCAGCAACUGUACCUAUAGCUGCAGUUCGUGCGGCAACAAGAUCGAGGACCUGGCCAUCUUGACCGGCGAGCAAGCCUUCUGCUCCCAAUGUUUUCGCUGCCGGAACUGCAAACGAAAGAUCGAAAACCUGCGCUAUGCCCGCACCUCCCAGGGCAUCUUCUGCAUGGACUGCCAUGAGUCCUUGAUGCAGCGUCGUCGGAAACGGAACCGAGGCGCCACAACGUCCAAAAAACCACCCUCGUCGAACGUGAAGCUGGACAAAUCGCUUCCCUCCUUGCCCCCCCAAGAAGCCGCGUCGCUCUCCCGCAGGGUCGCCGAGGACCUCGCUGCGGAUUCAUACGCGGAUGCGACGACUGAGGUGGCAUCUCGAGGUGCCGCUCCUGCGCUGGACGCGGGCAAGACCCCGAACGCUGCGGCCCCUCGACCCGCGGCCGAACAGCCAGACAAUCUAAUCCUUCCUUCGAGUACCUACCGAAGCCACCGUCACUCUACGCUUCCCCGGGAGGCGGAAGCGGACAGCGCCGGCGAACUGCUGAUCCCUGUCGCAUUCGAUCCGUCGGAAGAGCAACGGCCGUCGUGCGACCACGACCACGCCAGUGACGGUCACAGUUCUCUCCCGUCCGGCCACACAUCCCCUCACAUUGCCUACCAAGAGAAGGGACGGGACCGUGCCGCUGCGGACCCGGGCCGUUGGAACCAGGAUGAUCUGGCGGCGACCGCCAACGGUACGGCGCGGGCUCCACCGGGAGAUGGGUUCAAGGCCCCCCAGGUCCCCAGCCGUACCAAGUCCGAGUCGGUCCGGAGCUCCCGGUCUGAAUUGCGGACGGGUCGGGGGGAAACCAGCACCUUCUCGUCCCCGAGUCCGGAGAGCACGAGAUCGUCCAGCACGCUGCAGAAGGAUGGGUCCACGCUCGGCUCGCAACGAUCGACCGCGGCGGAUAGCUCGCUGACCUUCCCAACGCGCCCGUCGCAUGAGCUCCGUCGCCUCCAUGAAACGAGCGGCUCCCUGGAUUCGUCUCGCUCAUUCCUGUCGUCGAGUAGCAGCCAUCAUCUCCCCCGGCGAGGCGAUUCCUUGGAGAGCAAACUGUAUCAGGCCCCCCGGAGGGACGCCGCCGGACACUCCCCCCGGCCACCGUCCGUCCAAUCCGGUGAGACGUGGCAUGAACGUAGCAAGACCAUGACCAAGAUCGGGGAAUCGCGCACUCCACGUGGCGACGUCGGCGUGGACCAAUCCCGGCCACCCCGCCCGAAUUCGAUCACCACCAUCCAGCAAGUAGACCGCACGGGUUCCCCGUUGUUGCGGUAUAGCGCAGGCGGCGACCUGUCGAUGGAUGAGGAUAUGGCUCGGCUGAUGGGUCCCGACGACUCCCAUCCCGCGCAGACGAGCGACUCGUUUUUGCGCCGUGUAUCAAAUUCGGGCAUCGCGAGUCCUCCCGCCGUCUCUCCUGACGCCGCGGCUGCGGACGAAGUCGCCUGGCUGCGGAGCGAGUUGCGCAAGGAGCGCCAACGUGUCCAUGAGCGGGAGCUGAAGAUUGCCGAGAUGGAAUCGGUGCUGCACGCCACCGCGGACGUCAAGCAGGUCAACACGGAGCUCAAUGAGAAGCGGUCGACCAUGGUCGUCCUGGAUGCGCGGAAGGAGAUCGUCAUGCGCGAGCUGUCGGUCCUGACCGACCAUCUGGAAGCCGAAAAGCGCGGUGGCAGCGGUCACCUGGACCUGGGGAAGCUGACCAACCACGUUCUCCGGGAAUUCGUGGAAUCGAUCCAGCAGCUGAAGGACUCCUUCACGCCGCAGAUUGAAGAGCUCGUGCAGAGCCGGAACGACACCGCGGAGGAGCUGGCUAAUCUCAACCGCAUGAAGGACAAGAGCUUCCAGGAGUUCGAGCAGCUGUCGUCUAAGAAUGCCCAACUGGCUGAACUGAACAAUCAGCUCGUCCAUCAGAUCCAGGAACUCUACAAGGCCACCCCCACCGAAGGCAAAGGCGGUGCCAACGGGCUUGGCAUCUACUCGCACGGCAAGGAGAAAUCGCUGUCGUCCAUCGACGCCCUGCGAAGCGCCAACGAUGGUGCUUCGACGGCCAACAUCUCCGAAGAAGCGGAGCCCGCGACCAUCCUUCCAGGGCCGCAGGUGGUCAGCAUCCGGAAGGGACAGCCUCGCAAGUUCAACUGGAAGAAGGGCGGCCAGAACGUCGCCAAGGGUGUCACCAAGGGUAUCAAGGGCGCCUUCAUGUCGAGCGAGAACGCGGUGGAAGGCGGGCCUGGUCUACCUCGCUCCCAGACGCAGGACCCUAGCCGCCAAGGAUUUGGAUUUUUUGGAAACCAACGGAACAAGCAACAAGGUGGUCGGAUGCCCCAGUCGGACACUGUUCCGGUUGUUGCUGAAAAUGGACCCGCAACGCUGUUUGGCACCGAUUUGGAACAGCGGAUGGAGUAUGAGAAGAGCAUCAUCCCUGCUAUCGUCACUCGCUGCAUCCAAGAAGUGGAACUUCGAGGUAUGGACAUGGAGGGUAUUUACCGCAAGUCUGGAGCCGCAUCCGCCAUCCAAACCAUCCGGGAAGGCUUCGAGCAGUCCCCGCAGGAUUACGACAUUUCCGACCCCGACCUGGAUAUCCACGCCGUGACAUCGGCACUAAAGCAAUACUUCCGCAAACUCCCCACUCCACUCAUCACCUACGAAGUCUACGACAUGGUCAUCGAAACGGGCGAGAUCCAAUCAACCGCAGCUCGCAUCGAGAGCCUACAGAACUGUCUCCGCGAACUGCCCCGCGUGCACCAGGACGUGUUGGAAUUCCUCGUAUUCCACCUGAAGCGGGUCGUCGAGCGCGAGAAGGAGAACCUGAUGAGCAGUCAGAACAUCGCCGUGGUGUUUGCCCCGACCAUCAUGCGGCCGCAGAGCCUGGCCCGUGAGAUGACAGACGUGCAGAAGAAGAACGAGGUCCUCAAGUUCCUGGUGGAUAACUGCCAGGAGGUAUUUAUGGGAUUGCAGGGGUAGUCAUCUCAUCUUAUUACUCAACUCAUCAUCAACAUCGUGGAAGGGAACCCGGUAGUUCAAAAAUUGGAGGUUUAAGUCAAUUGACUUUUUGGGUGUUUGUUAUUCUUUUCCGCUGUUGUUUGCUUCGUUCUCGGCCUUGGACGGUUUCUUUCUUUCUUUCUCUUCCUCCUUGAUUGCCGCACUGCCUCCUGUUAUUAUUACUGCUACUACUACUACCCAC